UUGGGCAAACCCCUUCUCUGCAACACUCCUCUCUCUUUCUCUCUCUCUCUUCUACGCAAUAAUUUUCAUCUCAAUCUCUCUCUUUCUCUCUCUCUCUCUCUCUCUCUCCCCUCCAUCAACGCGAAUUUCUUCUGUGAGUUAUGAGUUCGUCAAUCCGUUAUCUCUCGUACGUUCGUUGUUUCGUUUUUCUUUUGUUAUGAGAAUCGGAUGGUUUCGAUGUGUUAAUCAACGUGUUCUUUAGUUUACUCCCAAUCGUCAUCACCGGCUUGAUCUUUGCCGAAUUAGCGUGUUAGACUUGUAGUUUUCUCCGGUUCUUUCUGGUGUCGGAGAUACACCUUCUUCUUCUUCUGCAAUCUUUGAGAUGAUGUAUUUAUAUGUUAUCUGUAUAUGCGUGUGUGUGUGUGUUUACCCCUAAGGCUCUCGCGUAAAAAGGAAAAAUUUCUGAUAUUUGAUGUGAACUGGUUUCAGGUUUAUGUCCGCGACGAGCUUGUUCCGGUAGAUGAUUUUCAGUAUAUACUGACGUGAAUGGGUCUGAGAUUUCACCUUUAUUUAUUUAUAUUUUUGGUGAAAGAUCUUCGGAUUUUGUGGUGUUUGUGGUGACAACCUAGGGCAAGGAGUAGUGGGUGGGGAGUGCAUUGCAAGACAGAGGAUUGGAAAUUUGUGUAAAGAUCAAGUGUGAGGAGAAAUAUGGAUUUGCAGGAUAAUUCAUAUGGGAAACACGAACAGAUAGUCUCACAGUUUCUUUUGAAAAGCUUGCAUAUUAUUUUGCACUCUAGGGUUCCUGCUUUUUGUUCACCUGGUCGUGGCAGUGAUAUGUUGUCUGGUACUCCAGUGAAAAGGAGUGACAAGUGGUUCAGCUUGGUGCUUGGAGAUCGUCCUGCUGCUUUAGAUAACUUGAAUUUUUGGCACAGAAAUUUAGUGGAACCAAUGAUAAUUGACAUAUUACUUGUUCAGGAAGUCCUGGGUGGUUCAUCCGAGAAUGCUCCAUCUGCAUUGGGAUUGGGGGAUUGUGUUGAGACAGUAAUAGAAAGAUGGGUUGUUCAAUAUGAGUAUGCUAGGACAGCGUUUCCUCUAGUUGGGGAAUCUUCCUCUUACAAGAAAACGUACAAGAAAUCAAUUAUACUUUUGCGUUCUCUCUAUUCAAUGAUGAGGCUCCUUCCAGCGUAUAAAGCCUUUCGGAAGAUAUGCUCAUCAAGUCAGCAUUCGGAUUUUGCUAUCAACUACAAAAUUUCUUCGUUCUGUGUUCCAUUUUCACGGGAGGAGGAGUCAGUGACCAAACAAUAUGAUUUCCACCCUGUAGACACCCCACAAGGUCGCCUUUCCAUAUCUGUGACCUAUCGAGAGAGUCUGUCUGAUUUCAAUCUUGACACUUCUACCUCAUUCCCACUGCAGAUAAUCACAGAUUAUGUUGGUAGCCCUGCCGCUGAUCCUUUUAAGGCCUUCGCUUCCCUGGAGAAGGGUGUUAGUGCUGCAUCUUCUCCACUGAGAGGGGUAAGGCCACCUUCUUCGCCAUUUCAACGUCCACACAGCUGGACAAGUGGCCUUCAUAGGAUAUCUCAUGCGAUGCCCCUCGGUGGAUCUCCUCCCAUACAUCGCACUUCCACCGCCUCAUAUGAUUCUCCAUCCCCACCUACUGAUGUAAAUGUUCAUAGGAUUCAAAAUUAUAGGGUACCAACUCAUCAUAAUUCAACCAGUUUUCAUGAGUACCAGCUUUCACCUCCAUUCUCACCGUCUCCUAUAUCAUCUUCCCCAACAUACCUUUUAGGGGGUAACCCUAUUCAUACCCGUGGGCAUUCAGAGACUGCCCCUGUGAGUAUCCCACAUCAAGUGUUGGGCAGAAGUCCUAAAUACCUUUCUCCCAAUUUGUCUGAUCCAAACAGAAGUUUACUUCCACCUUUAUCUCCUAGAAGCACAAAGCUCGAUCCUUCAUCACAGGAUUCCUCAUCUGGAAUCAGGUUGUCAAGGAAAUUAGACUUGUUAAGAGCUGGGGAGUUGAGUUCUGGGAUGAUAAAUCAGUAUUCUGGCCAGAAGGUUUCAAGAGACAGCAAAGAUGAAUCAGGUCGUUUCUCAGGUGUGCUAUCCUCAAGUGGCUCACCACGUGUUGGAGUCUCAAGAAGCUCUAGUAGAUUAUCUUUCCAGGAAGACUUGGAUGAUUGUGACUUCUCAUGCCCUUUUAUUGUCGAUGAUGUUGAUACAUUAGAUUCCCCUGACAGUCAGAAUCUUGAUGGAAGAAAGGGUACAGAGUUUACAUCACAAGCUUUUUCAGCGUCUAGAAAAUAUCAAGAUGCUGCUGCCAGUGCACUUGUUCAUAUUUUGAGGAGUGCGCCGCCUCUGCGCCAAGAUUCAAGUUGUUACUCGUCCCUUCCUUCCAAGAUGGAACCGGAUGGAGAAGUUGCUUCAGCUUCUGCCAUGUCUAUGCCCCGGAAGACUUCAGAUGCCCUGGAGGAGCUCAAGGCGUACAGAGAAUUGAAAGAUUUGCUGCUUUCCAAAAGUGGAACUCUCCUGGUGAGCAAGGAAGAAACCUAACUCUGCUGCCUGGAGAAACUCGAACAGAAACUGGAUUCUACUGACUGGUUGGUUGUCAGUUGCAGGCGCAGGAGAAUCAUAACAUUCGGCUUAACAUGUCUUCUAUACAUCCAUUUGAAUCUUCUCUGCAGAAAAGACUAACAAAAUAUGUACAUAACUUGACAGGAAAUUAGUUGCUGCUAGACCAAUUGCAGCCUGCUAUGACCCAUCAAAGUUGUCAAGAACUUCUCCUCUCUGUGCUGCAGCCCCUGAAUGUGUGAGAAACAAAGUCCUUUCCACUGCUUGUCUUCUUAUUUAUGUAUGUUGCAGAGUUCACUGUUCAGAGGUCCCAGGCACCUGUGGCUGUACCAAUGAUGUACAAAACUGAAAGUUUCCCAAGGACAUGCAAAACCUAAACCCUAUUCAGUACCACCAAUGUACUACCAAUGUAUCGAGUUUUUAUCUCUCCAAGGGUUGGUUAUAUAAAUUCUAAAUUAUCAGUUA